UGGAUGUGUUUCCAUUUCCAUUUUAUCUAUUUCUGCGAGACCUCUCUUCCUUACCAUCUGUACUCAGUGAUGCCUUGAGACAGUGGUUUGAUUUGACUACAAAAAGUGUCAUGUAAAAUUUAAGAUAAUAGGAUAUUUUGCUAUGUUGUCUCAAAGUCAAGUAUCCAAUUUGAAUAAUGGCACUAAUUCUUCUAAGGGAGAAUGGAAAGAGCAUUUAAUUCAAGUUCCUUGGGGACAUGUUGCAGGUAAAUGGUGGGGCGACUUAAAUCAACAACCCAUUCUCUGUAUUCAUGGUUGGCAGGAUAAUGCAGGGACAUUUGAUAAUCUCAUCCCAUUACUUCCCAAAAAUUUAUCAUUUUUAGCAAUUGAUUUACCUGGCCAUGGUCUGUCAUCUCAUUAUCCAAGAGGGUUGCAUUACUAUUUAUUUUGGGAUGGCAUUUCUCUGAUUCGCCGUAUUGUUAAACAGAACAAAUGGACUAAUAUCAAACUCAUGGGACAUUCUUUGGGUGGUGCUUUAUGUUUCAUGUAUGCAGCAAGCUUUCCAGAGGAAGUGCAUAGUUUUAUCAGUCUUGAUAUCUUGGGACCCACCAUUAGAGAUGUUGAUAACACUGCAAGUCGAUUGGGCGCUUCAAUUGAUAAAUUUUUAAAAUAUGAAACUAUUCCAGAAAGCAGUUUACCAUUCUAUGACUACGAUGAAUCGUUAAAGUUAGUUUUAGAUGCCUAUGAAGGAUCUAUAACAAUGGAAUCCUGUAAAGUUUUAAUGAAGAGGGGUAUGGCACAUUCCCAAAAUCAAGAUAAAGAUGGCUAUCAUUUUGCUCGUGAUUUAAGACUUAAAGUAUCACUCAUGGGCAUGCUUUCUAUAGAACAAGUGUUAGCUUUUGCAUCAAAAAUUGUUUGUAAAGUAUUGUGCAUACGUGGAGUUCCAGGUAUGAAAUUUGAUAAACCAGAAUAUUUUCAAUCUGUGGUGGAGAAAACUCGUGAAAGUUCAGAAAGAUUUGAAUACCAUGAAAUUCAAGGUACACACCAUUUACAUUUGAAUACUCCAGAAAUGAUAUCAGAAAUUAUUACUGAGUUUAUAAUGUCGUAAACUUUAGCAAAAUUAUA